GCGUUGGGGGCGGCUCGGCGGCUCCGGCUGCUGCCUCCACUCAGUGUUUCUUGGGGAAGCGCCUGCUGCGGCCGCCGCCUCUCGAUCGCCACUCUCCAGCAGUUUGUGCCGCCGAGACUCUUCAGCAGCUCUGCGACGCCGAUGAUGUAGGAACGGGUCAAGAGCCGCGGCAUGGACAGCAUCGGCUUGACAACGGGUGCGUCGCUAAGCUCGGCGGCGGUCGGCGGAGACGUGAACGACUCGGCCGCCUUCUCUCUGUACGCAGCGACCGAAAUGCGCGUCAGCACCACCCUGUCGUCCUACCUCAACUCGAGCCAGAGCCCGGUGUCGGUGGCGCCGGACAAGAACUGGCACUCGCCGGUCGUGGUCAGCGUCGCCAUCUUUCUGGUCAGCCUCUUCUCGCCGCUGAUCGUGGGCGGAAACGCGCUGCUGCUCGGCGCCCUAUACCGCUUCAAGCGGCUGCGCACGCCCAGCAACUACUUGGUUGUCGCCCUGUCGACGGCCGACGUCGGCAUCGGCAUGCUACUGCCCUUGCACCUCUACCUCGAGCUGUCGCAGCACACGCCACGCACCCUCAACCUCUGCCUCGCGCCCUACUGCGUCGCCAUCGCCCUCGGCAGCGUCUCCCUCUGCGCCAAGGCGGCCAUCGCCGCCGACCGCUUCACCUCCCUCGCCCAACCCCUCAGAUACAACAACCUGGUGACGCACACUUCUGUCAAGCGCUACGUGAUCAUGAUUUGGACGUAUUCGCUGUCUGUGGGCUUCUCGCCGCUGGUGUGGCAGGGGCUGCACGGCGGCGUCGUGGUCAGCCAGUGCUCGUUCACCCGCGUCAACCAGCGGGUGCAAAUUUUCAUUUUGUCAACCGUGUUUGCGCCGUGCACCCUCAUCAUCCUCACGUGCUACUGCUACAUUUACGUCGUCGCCAGGUACCACGCGCGGGCCAUCUUCACGGUGGAGCUGUCGCUGCGUCGUCCGUCGACGGUGCCGCAGAUCAACACGCCGACGACGGCGGCGGGCGCGGUCGGGGCCGCGCAGACGACGAACCAGUCGAGCCGGUACGGGCAGACGCUGGCGCUGACGGUGGGUCUGUUCCUGCUGCUGUGGCUGCCGUUCGUGGGCACGAUGGCGUGGGACGUGGUGCGCGACGCGCGGCUGCUGGAGCGCGGGUGGCUGCCGGCCGGGCUGUCGCUGCCCAUUUUCGUGAGCAGCGCGCUCAACCCGUGGGUGUACGGCUACCACAACGCCGAGGUGCGCGUGUCCGUGCAGCGCGUGUGGCACGAGCUGCUGGCCAAGAUGGGCCUCGGCUCGGACAGCGCGUGCCGCAACACCUUCAUCACCACCGACGUGCACAGCUACGCGAGCAACGCGCGCCUCUGCGCCGUCUCGCCGCACCACCUGCACCCCGGCCACCAACAGUGCCACGUGCGCAGCCUGCUCUUGCCCAACAGGGACACCCUCGAGUGCAGCACCCUCGGCAGCGCCGCCAAGGAGACCGUCGUCCACCUCGAGGUCGUCGCGCACGCCAGGAGCGCAAAGUCUGACAUUUGACCCGAGCACGAGGCGCCGCCAACCGCCCUCGACGAGACCAUCGUCUGAGUGUGAUGCCAUUUCCGAACACAUUUAAGUACAUUUUGGUUCGUGCACUAUAUUUUGCUUUGUCUCGAAAUUAGAAUGUCCGGAACGAAAAAAUUGGUGUGCCAAAAAUGUUCAAAGCAAAAAAUCCUAUUUCAUAUUCUCUUGACCCUUGGAAGAUAGAUGUGGGUACAUAGCUGCAAACCCCAAGGCUUAGGAUUUUUAUUUUAAAAUAAUUCAUCCCUUGCAAUUUCCUCCCCCUUUGUCACCCUAUUUUUAAUCAGAAAUGACGGCAUUUAUUAGUGUUCUCAAGAAAAAAAUGGAUACUUGAUGUACGAUGUUACAAACCAACCCGUUUCAAUUUCAUCCCUUUAAAAUAACCCUCAUGAUAGAAAUUAUUGAGUUAUUUUUAUUAUUUGGUAAAGUAUUUUUUUAUUAAUAUAAUUGAAAUAAAACAUUUUGGGUCAGCAGUUUGGAAUCCUAAAGUGGAAUCAGUUGUUACAUCAGCCCCUAAAGCAUUUGUCGUCCCUGGUCUUUCAUUUAUGAGUGAUUUGUUUUAUUUCUUUGCCUUAAAAUAUUCCAUACAAUUUAGCUAAUCCUCAUUUUUCCAUCAUAAUUCGUCCCCUCAAACCUUAAACAUCCAUUUGUUAUUCCAUUAUCAGGACAAACAAGCGUAUUAUCUCUCUGUUAACUGAAUUUCGCGGCUUCUAUCUUAGGAAAGGUGUUAAUUUAAAUAAAAAUAGAUUUUAAUGUCAGUAAAUGUUUUGGUGAGCGCUUAAAACUAUUUUUGUAACUGUGGAAACGGAAACGCAUGACAAUUUAUUCAGAAAACUAUUUUCUUCGGCAAUUUAAUCAGUAUGAUGUAUAGCUCUUACUUUUCUGUGAAAAUGAAUGUGUGAGAAGCAAAAACAUACUGCUCUGAGAUUAUCCUAUGCCCUCUUUUAAACUCAAACUAUAAUGGCUUUUGCAGAAAAUUGCUGGUGUAAUAUGUAUCUGACAAAAUGCAAGAAGCAAGUCCAACUGCUCGGAUUAUCGGCGCAACGCCUUGCCAAAUGAUAAAAUAUUUAUGAAUGAAUUUUAUCAUUCACAACUGUUAUUUAAAGAAAAAAAUCGAUAAAUAAUGUAAUCUACAAAAAUCUUUGAUUAACUAUAGCAUCAGAGAUUCAUGUGAUUCGCUCAAGCAUAGGAAUUGUAAUGAAUAUAGCGAUUUAAUAUUAGGAUUUAUUUUUGCCAGAAGAGAUGCAUUUAAUUAGCGCCGUGUUAAUUAGAAAAAAAUACAAAAGUGCUUGAAUAUUAAUCGAUCGAAAUUCGGUAAUAUAUCAUAAGAGAUGAAAAAAUGUACAAUUAAUUAUAAUUUUAAAGAAGUACGGAGACGAGCAGAGAGUGAGUUUUACGGUAUUUCGUGUUUAGUAUAACGAGAUGUGAUAUUAAAAUGGUUAAAACGUGUUUGUUAAAUAACCCAACCGUGUAGUGAACGAGGAAAAUUUAUCAGGUCCGUCCAUAAGUUCAUUCGAUUGGAGAACACAUUCCGAUGAAAUGGAAGCGCGUUAAUUUAGGUGUACGCAAAGAAAUCUAUAUGUGUUGCAGAAUUUCAAACCUCAUCGUCGCAGUGUUGAUUAAUUGUAAUGUUCCUCUCACGUAACCAAAUUUAUAAUUCGCGCUGUAUGAAAACAUGUCUACUAAUUUAUCUCUCUCACACAGUUCUCACAAGACUCCAUUAUUUAAAAGAUGGCCUACAAGGGAAUUGCUGAAAAAUGUGACUGGAUCUCAAAAGGAAAUAAUAAAUUUAUCCUUAGUGUUUGCUCGA